AUGUGGGAUGUCAUUGCCCGGACCCAGAGCACCACCAGCUUGACCAAGGGGUUUGUGUCUCUCAAAGAUCUGCAGCUGAGGCUGAGCGGUGGGCCCGACCGGUGUGCAGGCAACGUGGAGAUCUACUACUUUGGAGCCUGGGAGAAGGUGUGUGGGUACCUGUGGGACAUGCAGGAUGCCGAGGUGGUGUGCAGGCAGCUGGGCUGUGGCUCCCCUCUCACAGACACACAUUCCUUCCCCUCGAACGACUUCUACCCCUACAUGAUUACUGAGGUGAACUGUGCGGGCACCGAGCGCUACUUGUGGCACUGCCCCUACACCUACCAGUACCGUGUCUGCCACCAUGGAGAUGCUUCUGUCAUGUGCUCAGAGAACUCCUCCUGUGGUGGCUUACUUCAGGGAUUGUCCGGCACCUUCCAGAGCCCGGGGUACCCCAACUCCUACCCUCACAACUCCUACUGCGUGUGGCACAUCCGGCUGCAGGACCCGGCCCGCAGGAUCCAGCUCCAGUUUACGGACGUGGAGCUGGAGGGCAACAGCUGCUCCUACGAUGCCAUCGAGGUGUACGACGGAGGGUCCACUCAGAGCUGGCGCCUCGGCCUUGUUUGCAGGGACAACAAUAGCGUCUUCAACUCAUCCGGGAACCAGCUCACCGUCCUGUUCCGCAGUGACGGCAGCGUCAGCAGGAGAGGCUUCCACGCCUACUACUCAUCAUUUCUCGACUUCCAUACCACCACGGCUCCCAACAGUACUUCCAACUGGAUGACCACUCCGUUAACAACCUCAGAAGAUUAUUCUUGUGGUGGCUUGCUUUCCUCUUCAUCUGGUACCUUACAGAGCCCAUUUUACCCCAGAAAUUAUCCAAACAAUGCCAACUGUGUGUGGGAAAUACAUGUAAAGAGCAACUUCCGUGUCACACUUGUAUUUACAGAUAUUCAGAUGGAAGGUGGCAGAUGCCUCUCUGACUAUGUGGAAAUCUAUGAUGGGCCCCUUCAGACCUCUCCUGUCCUUGGGAAGAUUUGUUCUGGUUAUCGCCCCAUGUACACAUCGUCCUCAAACCUGCUGACCGUCCGCUUCCACAGUAACUCCCGAUACACAUACAGAGGGUUUCAGGCCAACUAUCAUUCCACCCCAGCUGAUGACAGCACCACCCUGCUGUGUUUGCCAAACUACAUGCACGUGGUUGUGAGCAGAUACUUCCUUCAGUCCCAUGGCUAUUCUGCUUGGAACCUCACCCUGAACGACCCCUUUUGCACACCCAACAUCACAUCAAAUCAUGUGUCAUUCGACAUUCCAUACACUCGCUGUGGCACUGUCAGAGAGGGAAACAACAACACAAUCAGCUAUUCCAACAUUAUUAGAGGGUCCUCUUCUGGCACAUUAAUCACAAGAACUAGAAAUCUUCUCUUGCAUGUCAACUGCAAGAUGCUCCAGAACGCGUGGGCACAAACGAUGUAUGUCGCGGACGACAAUUUUGAAGUCAAUGAAACUCAAUAUGAGAGAUACGAUGUAAACCUCACAUUUUAUGACUCUUCAAGCUUCUCAAGGCCAGUGUAUGACUCACCCUACUAUGUCAGCAUCAACCAGAAUUUGUUCCUGGAAGCUUCCUUGCACAGCUCUGACCCAAUGCUGGAGUUGUUUCUGGACACUUGUGUGGCAUCUCCCACUCGCCACAAUUUCACAACAGGAUCCUAUGCUAUAGUCAAGAAUGGGUGUGUUAAAGACCCUACCUAUGCUUCGUAUUACUCACCCAGCAGACACACCGUCCGGUUUAAAUUCAACGCCUUCCAGUUCAUUCAGAGCAACCCAGAGGUUUACCUGCAGUGUGAGCUGGUGGUGUGCAGGGCCUUUGACUAUUCUUCCAGGUGCCACCAAGGCUGUGUUCAAAGGUCUAAGAGAGAGGCAAGCUCUGACCUAGAAAGUGUGAUUGUUGUUGCUGGCCCAAUACAGCUUUGGGAACCUGCAGCUGAGAUUAGGAAUGAAAAUGAGUCUGAAUAA